AUGGCCACGACCCCGGACUCACCGCCUCGACCGGAAAAGCGACGUCGAACUGACCGCGUGACGGUAGCCUGCGAUCUCUGUAAAAAGAGAAAGACUAAAUGUGACGGAGAACAGCCGUGCGCGUACUGCACCAGGAAGAAUCGUGCAGACACCUGUGCCUUCAGCACCGCAAAUGCGCAAUCCCAAGUUCGCUCCGCUGGGAACACUCCUCACACUUUCAUCAGGCCUCGUGGUCCGACUCCGCCUCCGCGCCGCAGAAGUCAUGAUGGUGUUACCGAGAGAGAGGCUUCCCUCUCACCAACAGUGAGUCGGAACGACCACCAAGACGAUACGGUUGUGCCGUUGGAAGGUCGGAUUCUUCGAGACGCCCAAGGCAAAGUCAUAUUCAUUGGUGACUGCGCUCCUCUAUCUUUCCUACAGACUGUGAGACAUCUUAUUGCAUCUGAAGUGGACUCCGAGGGCAUCUCUACUCAAGCUGUCCGUGAUUCUAUCAUUGAAGUGGCCCCGACUACUUCUGGCAAUGGUCAGGGAUCCCUCGCUGUGACACCGCAGGAGAUACCAGCUCUCGUCGACGGGUAUACAGUCGCGACCAGUGGUCUGGUGGAUCUCUUCCAGAAAGACGAAUUGAUCAGAGAGUUGAGGGUAUGGGCCGCGGGUGUCUCUUCACCGUCGGACGAUUGUGGAGCGGCCAUGUUCUUCUUGGUACUUGCCAUUGGCGCGCAAGAGCAUGGCGAAAGCAGAGCGCAGGCCUGGUUCGAGCAGUCUAGAGAUCAACUUGUGAAGCAUAUGUGUAAUAACAUGAAUGCGCCGACUGUUCAAGGGUUUAUUCUCGUUGCCCUCUAUAUGCUGCGGGCGUUUCAACCCAAUGGGGCGUACCUAUACUUUUCGCUGGCGGCACGCGCGGCAUACGCUAUUGGUAUCCAUCGGACAGAAGUCAACGCAUCCUUUGGACAACCCAUCAAAAUCAGGCGAGAUCGCAUAUGGAAGAGUCUGCGGGUUGUCGACCAGCUUAUAAGCAAUGUUUUAGGCCGACCACCCACGACGUCAGACGUGGAUUGUACCGUCAAGUACAGCGAAAAGGGAUCAGGCAGUGACACAAGCGUCGACAUACUAGAUGCCAGCGUACAGAUCUUCAUGAUCAUCGAACGCGUCGUCGUCGAGGUGUACUCACGCAAACGCAUCUCACUCCGCAUUGCCGACUAUGUAUCCCGGCAGCUGAAGGGUUGGGCAUCGAAAUACCUAUCCAACUUGUCCCAGACGAUUCUGCAGUCUACAAACAACGGCGUGACUCGAGAGGCAGCCGUAGGAGCUUGCUCCACGCUAUGCUCGUACUAUUAUGGAAUCAUGCUCCUCACCAGACCUUUCUUGAUCUACGACCUGUAUGAGCACAUGGGCGUUUCCUUGAAGAGCGGCGGUACCCAGGCGGAUCAUCAGGAAAAACAGAAAUAUGCAUAUGCUGCGCUUGAUGCUGCCUCCUCUUUGGUAGACUCUGUGCAGACCUUGAUCGAGACGGGGCAAAUGCCGCGCAGGAUGCCCCUUGUCGUCUCCUGGCUUUUUACGGCAACCCUCGUCCUGGCCGUCGGUGGUCUCGGCGAGUCCGGAUUGACUCUGAAGGACAAUUGUGCAGAUGCAAUCCGCUGCUUAGACUACUUCUGCGAGGUCGAUCCCCACGCCCGCCAGUACUCCCUUAUUGCACAUUCACUUACCAAGGUCAUCACAUCGUAUGUCAAGAACAAGGAACUCCAGUUGCGCUUGCAAAGAAAGCAGGCUUCUUCAGAAUUAUUUGGAUUACUACCAUCUAUUCCAACUGCCCGUAGUAGCCAACCGUCAGAUCAGCCGCCAUCCCGUCCGCCACCCGAGGCUCUGGUGCCCUUGCGAUCGGGACAGGCUCAUUUGGCAUCUUCGGAUCCGUUUGACUGGACCAUCUAUGAUGCAGACUUCUUUGCACUGCCCUGGCUUAAUGAGAAUGAUCAAGGGCUGCAGGAUUUCCUCCAGCCUGGCACGCAUACUCUGGAUGGUGCCUCUGUUGCUGACAUUCCACUUUUCCCCAUCUAUGAUCAGUCCGCAGGCGGGUAG